UUAUUAGUAGCAUUCAUUCAUUCAACUUUGUGCCGCUCGAGCGUGCGUAUAUAGUUCCCUCUCAUCAGUUCCUUCGCGAGUACCUUACAAAAAAAAAAAAAAACGACACAACUGCAAUUAAAAAAAAGAGAUCAGCGAUCUACCUUACAAAUCACUUUGCAACAAAAAAUUUCCAAACACAAGACUGUUAAUCAACUACGUGAUCCGUCGUAAAAAAAAAAAAUUAAAUAAAACAAACUCCAAGAACGCGUAAUUCCAGUUUCCCCAUUGGGUGUUUGCCUUAAAGUGCGCCAUAAACUAAGGCUAAGGCGGCUGCCAAUCCGAAGAGGAAGAGUGAAAAUAACGCCCACCAGCGACUAACUAACUGGACGACUAAAAACCAAAAAAAAAGGGGUGGCGAGGUGAAAUCACAGAGUUGCGAUAGGAGCUUUGAAAAAAAAAAACAAAAAAAAAAUAGAAGAUAAAGAGUUGUUGAGGAAGCAACGUUGCCACUUUUCACCGACCAAUCAGUCGAGCAAUUAACCAAGGUGUUAUCUCUCAGAUAGUGAUUAGAGGCGGCGAGAAGAGUACAGUUAAAAUAUCACCCCCACUUCAUAUUUUUUUUUUGAGUGGAAAAGCAUUCAAGAGCAUUAUAGAGAGGGCGCUAACAGACAGAGUGACUGCCAUUGGAAUCUCCAUUUAACGUGAGCGGGAGAUCCCAUAUAGACCGUGUUCGGAGCGAACUGAGUAUCCACACAACCACCGGCGGUGAAACAGCACUCAACCACUCAACAACCACCACACCACUCAGCCGACGAGGAGAAGUACACAUAUCGCCUGUCAAAAUGUUUGCUGUAAUGCGAAUCGACAACGAUGACUGCCGGUCCGAUUUCCGCCGCAAGAUGCGUCCGAAGUGCGAGUUCAUUUGCAAGUACUGCCAGCGGCGAUUCACCAAGCCGUACAACCUGAUGAUCCACGAGCGCACCCACAAGUCCCCCGAGAUCACCUACUCGUGCGAGGUAUGCGGCAAGUACUUCAAGCAGCGCGACAACCUGCGCCAGCACAGAUGUAGUCAGUGUGUUUGGCGAUAAGCUAAAAUAUACCAUAUAUAAACAUAUAUAUAUAUAAAAAGUAAAAACAAAAAACCACACACAGAGCAAUAUAUAAAGUAAAACCGAUAUCUAAGCACCGCAGCACCAACAACAGCACGCAAUAUCACAGCUAUAUCUUAAAAAUAAAAUCAAAAAAAUAUAAAAAACUGAAUGGGAUCUGAGCAGCAAUGAAGCAACUGCAACUGCAACUGCAACAACAAGCACACACACCCCGCCUACCGCCUACCGCCUACCGCCCACUUCUUCAUGCACCACUCUAAGCAUAAGUAAAAAAAAUAAAAAAAAAAAAUAAAUAUUUAUAUCUGCAACAAAGGCAACUCUGCAAUAUUGCUUAAACUACUAGAUGCAAUCUACAGCAACAACAAGCGACUAUAUAUUGAAUGGAAUGCUAAGUUCAGGUGUUGGUUUUCAAUCUAUUUGGUUAUCUGGUCUAUACAAUGCACUUGCCACGCCCCCCAUCAACAUCAGACAAAACAAAAAAAACAUACCACAACAAUCAAUGUUGCGCAGGCGCAGCACAACAGCAACACCAGCAACCAUAGCAAGCAGCAACAACAUUUAAAAUAUUAUUUCCAGAAACCUGCACAUGGACACAUGUGGGCGUGGCUGUUUUGGGAAGUGAAGAAGAAGAAGCAGCAGCAGCGGUAAAAAAAAAAAAACUAGCAACCAGCAAUCAGCUACUAGCAACGUGCAACGUGCAACGUGCAACAUGAAACCAGCAACAUGCAAUAGGACAAUAGAAUGUGUUAAAUGGCCCGAUGAUAGUUAUUAUUUAGCUUCCACCAGUUCAACCAAUAUGCAACAUAUCAGAAGCAGAAGCAACAUUCAACACAGCAACAACUAACAAUGCAACAUGCAACUGGCUUUCUCAUCUUCUUACCAGUAUUUGCCAGUGUUGUGCAAUGAAAGUGCAAUUAAGCUUAAGCUUCUUGGGCUUUCCAAAAACGUUCGACAACACUGGCAAUCCAUAGAACAACCUAGCAACUAGCAACACUGCAACACUUGCAACAUGCAACAACAAUCAGCUGCAAUUAUCUUGCCUUAAAAAAUAUUAAUUGAUUUACACUCCACCCCCGCAAACCACCCCCUCUCGCUAUAUAUUUGUAUGCAUAAUAAAAUCUAAUUACAAUUAAAUAAUAAUAUUAAAAAAAAUGAGAAAAAUUAAAAAA